CGCAUUUCAAACCUCUCUCACUCGCUGGCUUUGGACGCGGAAGAGUUGUCGCGAUAUCUGGAUAUCGACUCGCACUUUCUGCCCUCGAAUGUAUCUCUGAACAUGCUAUUCCGCCAGCCUCUGCGGUGACUGACGCUUGGUUUCUCGAAACAUGGCCUCCGCGGGGCCGUCUGGCGGCUCUGUGACUGAGCUCGCCUCCAGCCUUUACGAUGCAUGCGUCAGCAAGUUUCCUGCCGACCAUAACCUCUCUCAGCAAGACUUGCUAGGCCUGGAUAUCAUUCCGAAGAAUGAUCUCACACUCCUGCUCCAAUGCACCCAGUCACUUGUCAAUCAGAAUCUGCUCCGACUGCUUCAAACCCGAAAUGACAAACUCGCAUGGAAGAUCAUUCCUAGGGAGGACGCUGAAAAGCUUCAGAACCUCAACCCCGACGAAUCUUUGGUGUAUAAUGUGAUUCAUUCAAUGGGCAGAUCAGGCAUCUGGGUACGGGCCAUAGUGAAUCGUACAAACUUGCACAAAUCCAUCCUCGACCGAUGCCUCAAGUCCCUUGAAGGCAAAAACUAUAUCAAAAGCGUCCACAAUGUCAAGUUUCCCAGCCGCAAGAUGUACAUGCUGGCCGGCCUAGCGCCUAGCGAGGAUGUUACGGGCGGCGCAUGGUUUACCGACGGCGUGCUCGACGAGAACUUUAUCAACGUCGUCUCCGGAUUCAUCGAAUUCUCCGUUGCGCGGAAGAGUUGGCACGAGAUAUCGACAUCCGACAAGUCCCGCAACAAGAGACUAAAGACCGCCGACGGCAGCGUGGCCAUCAAGAAGGAGUCAGGAGGCUCAAAAGAAUAUCUCCCCUAUCCAGCGGGGUACCAGGGCUACCCAACAGUCUCGAGUUUAACAAACGCCGUCAACCAAAGUGGAAUUACUCCCGUCCGCCUCGGCGAAGAGAGCGUCACCCAGCUCCUCGAAAUGCUGUGCUUCGACAAUAAGCUUGUCGCGUUGAACAAUGGCGAAGUCUACAAAUCCGUGAACAACCCAGAGCAGGUCAAAGCGCGCCAAGCGCGUAAACCAGACGAAGACCCUACUGCGGCCGACGACCGGCUCGUCCGAAACGGUAUGACCGAGGUGCCCUGUGGCCAUUGUCCUGUCUUCAAUCUCUGUGUGCCCGGCGGUGCGGUGAGCCCUGAGAACUGCGAGUAUUUUGAGGCUUGGAUUCAUGAAAAGAGUCAACUCUCGUUCUAGUUAUAGUUCAAGGUCUUUGUACUGGCUGGUUGUUUGGUGUGGAAAAUACGGUGUUUUAUUUGCAUAGCGAUGGCGUUGCAUUGUCUGUGAUUUGGGGGCAGGAUAGGUCUGUUUUCUGUCGAAUAUAGAUAGGUAGUUGAGAUACCUAGGUAUUACAGAUUGUGGUUGAGUUUGAGUUGAUUCUUUUCCGAAGUAUCAAAGUCUACAAAUACCGUCGCCCAAAUGAGAUUUUUAAGCUUAUAAACUCGAGAAU